AUGAAAUUCAGUUUAACAAAAUCAUUUGAUGAAGUACAUAUAUAUACAUAUAUUAGAAUGAAUAUGUUCCAUUUAAAAGAUCUAUUGAAAUACUUUAAAUUAAACCAGAAAGUCAUGUUUAAUUUUGUAAUUUUGAUUGGAUUGCUAUAUAAAAAGAUUCUGAUUUAAUACUCUAUAAAGAAGGAUAGUAAGAUGUAAUUAUUAAUUAUUAAUUUAGGCUAAUGAAAUAGAUCUCACUUAAUUAUUUGGUAAAACUCAAUGCGGCAAAGUGUAAAUUUACUUUUUCAAAUUUGCGGAUGAAUAAUUUGAUUAAAAGUAAAUGAUCUUAAUUGGAAAUAGUAAUUAUUACUCAUUAAUUGAAAGAUUUCAUUAUUGGUUAUGACAUAAUAGAAUAAUAACAUACUUGUAAAAUUUAAAUGAAUGAUGAUUAUAGACUUAAAAAAAAAUUACAAUUUUAAAAUGUAGAAAUACUUGAACAAGACUUAAAUUUAUACAUAUUAACAGAUCAUUUUGAUUUAAUAACAUUAAAAUUAGAUAAUAAAGAAAAUAGAUUCAAUUACUAACCUUUAUUAAAAAAAGGAAACUUUAUCACUAAUCUAUUUUAUUAAAACAAUUUAGACUUUUAUAUUAAAGGGGCUAAUUUUAAAUUUUCAGUUUUUGAAGACACUCUACUUAUAUUGUAAUAAACAUAAGUGAAUUAGAUAAAAUCUUAUUAAUGUAGUUUGAACCCAUAUAAUUUGAUUGUAUUAAAUUAUUUCAUUUUUAUUAGUCUUAAUCUUAAAGAAAUUUUGUUUGUGAAUCAACCAAUUCAAAUUGUUAAGUGAAUAUUAAUAAUUUUCAUAUAUUAAAGACUUCAAAAGGACUUAAUUUAAUAUUUCUUGCUAUUAUAGAAAAUAAAGACUAAAUUGAUACAAUUAGUUAAAUUAAAUUGAUAACAAAAGAGAUGGAAAUUUUUGAUUAAAGUUCUGAUUUUACUAAUAUAGAUAAAUUAAUAUAUGAUGAUUUGAAUGAAGUAAAAUUAUAAGGAAAUAAACUUAAAUCAUUUUUCUUUAAAAAUGAUUAGGAUUUAGUUGUCUUAUACUCUAUCUUGGAUACUAAUUAUUAUCAUAAUAAAUUAUCAUCAUCCCUUAAAGAACAUUAACUUUUUAAUGGAAAUCUAUAAGGUGUAGGUAUUUCAUUAAAUAAUGGAUUAUCUUAAUUGAAAGUGUGUUCGAAUGGGAAAAUAUAUAUUCUUGAAGAAAAUUAUCAUGAACGUCCUGAGCAAUUGUAUAAUAAUAAUAUUUAUCAUUUUUAUUAGAGUUACUCAUUUUUAAGGAAGAUGCAUGAAUGAAAUCAUUUUCAAUUUGUUAAAGGAAGGUUUCAAAGAUUUCUGUACUCAUUCAAAUACUAGUUCGGCUUUCUUGAAAUUAGAAUUUUAGGCAUUUUCAGAAUAAAUAAUUUGUUAAGUCAUUAAUUAAAUUGUAUGGGAUUUUAUGGAAACUCCUUUUUCAAAAUAUUCAGAUGUAAAUACAUAAUUGCAAGAAAACUAAAAAAAAUUAGAUCUCUGGAUAUAAUACACAAAAACUGUAGUUAAAAAUUAAUAAAUUAUCUUAAAUUUAAUUAGAUCUAGAAUUUGUUUAAGUGUUGGUGAAUAUAUUAGUAAAAAUGAAAAUAGUUUAAAGUAACUAAUAUAGGAGUGUUUAAAUAAAUGGUUAGUAUUUUCAUAAUAUGAAUAUUAAUUUUAUUCAAAAUUAGAAGAUUUAUCAACAAUAAUUGAAUAACUUUUAAGAUUACAGGGUUAUGAACAUCAUUUAUUUAAUAUUUUGACAAUUAUUUACACUAGUAUUAAUGAAGAAAGGCAAAUAAAUAAGAUUUAAUUUCCUAAAUUUUGGACAAAUGAAUCAGAAUGGUUAAAUUUAAUUCUUGAAGCCUUAUCUAAAUUGGGUGAAAUACAAGAAAUAGAAUUUUAUACUUUGUUUAAAUUUCUCAUUACUGACAUAUCAAUUGUAUUUAAAUUUGAAAGAAAAAUAUCACAAUAAUAAUUUAGAGUCAUUUAAGAAUUUUCUAAUUAAAUUUCAGAAGAAUAAUUUUAAGAUAUUUUAAUUGAAAAUAAAUUAUAUGAAAUUUUAUUUUAAUGUUAUUUGUAAACUAAUUUAAGAUUAGAUAAAAUAUUUGAUAUAAUUUAAAAAGAUGAAUACUUAUGUUAAAUUUUUAUUGAUUUAUGUUUUGAACAUGAGAAAAAUAAUAUAUAUCAAGAAGAAGAUGAUUAAAAUGGAUUAUAUUAAAAUAAUUCUAAAAGAUUACAUUAAAUUUUAGAUUAAAUUGAAGAAAAGAGUAUAUAUAUAUAUUAUAUAAAAUAAUAGAUUGUGUUGAUCAAGUAUUAAAAUGUGUAACAAAAUAUCCAAAACUUUAUAAUAUACUUUUAAUUCGAGCAAUGAGAUUAGAAUAGAUUCAAAAUUUUUCAAUUACAUCCUAAAAAUAGGAUCCAAAUGCUAAAUAUUACAGAUUUUUAGUAGAUAGAGGAUGUUAUAUUGUUUAAAAAUAAAAAUAAUAAAUAGAUAUAGAAUGA